AUGUCCUGCCAGCAGAGCCAGCAACAGUGCCAGCCCCCUCCCAAGUGUGCCCCCAAGUGCCCUCCCAAGUGCCAGACACCAAAGUGUCCCCCAAAGUGUCCCCCUAAAUGCCCUCCUGUCUCUUCCUGCUGCAGUCUGGGUUCUGGGGGCUGCUGUGGUUCAAGCUCCGGGGGCUGCUGCAGCUCUGGCGGUGGUGGCUGCUGCCUGAGCCACCACAGGCCCCGCAGAUCUCUCCGUCGCAGACAUCAGAGCUCUGGAUGCUGUAGCAGUGGUGGCAGCAGUGGCUGCUGUGGCAGCAGUGGUGGCGGCAGCUGUGGCAGUAGCCAGCAGUCUGGUGGCUGUUGCUAA